UCGAAACCGUUCCCAAUUGCCACACUUCCAAGAACGAAGAAACGCGAAACCCAAAGAAUAAGACUCCCAACUUAAAAUGACCAUCUCGCCUAUAUAAAUCAGAAAAUCAGAUAAAAGAAAAAAGUAAAACGCAUAAAACGCAUAAAACAAAAUACUCUCACGAUGGUGUCCCGCCUCAUCAACCUUACCCGACUCGCACGUCCAUAUACGCACACGCACACGCACCCGCACCCGCACCUACAAUCAUCCCUCCUCCAAACACCAUCUCUCUUCUCCCUACAACACCACCGCCACGCCUCCAACAACUCCAACCCAAACCCAAAUCCAAACCCCUUUCAAUUCACACCGUCGCCGCCCCGCCUGCCCCCCGACCAACAAGCCGAAUUCGAGCGGCUCCAGCGCACAGCCAACACGCAAGAGGGCUUCAACCCGACCUCAUCCCCGGAUUUCAGCUCUCCCGUAUCUUCCAAUCCUUCUGCCACAGCAGCAGCAGCAGCAGCAGAAGGGCCGGUCGUCGAAGGUGAAUCCUUAUCGGUCCCACUGCGUAAAGGUGCGCCGCCCGAAUUCGAAGGCGACGUCAACCCCAAGACGGGCGAGGUCGGCGGGCCUAAGAAUGAGCCUCUGCGUUGGGGACCCACGGGCGAUUAUAGCUUCAACGGGCGGGUUACGGAUUUCUAGGGAAGCCUACCUAGAUGACUGAGUACCUAACCAUUCACUAUAUAACUAUAACUACAAAUAAUUAAGGUCGUGCGUCCUGAUUUUGGUAUUGGUCACAUCAAUUGAGGUCCGUGGGAAAUACAUAUAUACCCAAUCGAGUUACCGAGGUCGUCAAGGUAUCAAGGUAUCAAGGUA